CUGAGCUCUUUAUAGACAAUCCUCCUAACUUCAGGAAAGGUUAACAAAUAAUACCAUAUCAACCAAGAAAGUGCCUUAAAUAUGUGUAAGUAAAGAGCAGAGGUAGACUAGUCAAUGCCGUCUUUACAGACUACAAAGGCAUUUUCCUUCAUGCUUUAUUUAUAUGCUAUUGGGGAGUAGACGUGGCAUCAUCACACAAGGUUAACUAAAAGAGUUAAGUAAGACUUCAUGUGUAAAGUUCCAAGAAUGGUGUCUGGCAUGUAUUACAUAUACAGUGAAAGACAGUAAUUAUUAUUUUUUAUUUAUAUCACAAGAUAUCAGCAAGCAAUAUAGUAAUUAUUAUUGCUGUGUUUGAUUCCCACUAUAAUGCUCUGAGGUUUGAAUUAAAAUACCCAUUUUUCAGAUAAGGAAGCUGAGGCUCAAAGUGGGGACAUGAUUUACACCAAGCUUCCCAGCUAGAAACGGCCAAGUUGGGGCAAAACUGCAAACAGGCCCAAAGUAAAUACAGUUGUGUUACCUCAAAGGUAUUUCUCAUUAAUCAGAGAAAUAAAUUCCACUAAUGUCUAGUCAUGAAUGUGUUAGCUGUUCUGAGUAAGUAAUAUCAUGACUUAACCCAACCUAAAUGUCCCUUUUUCUGAAGACCUCUUAAAAGGGAUGCUAACAGUAGUGCUUUCACACCCUGAAGGAAAACCAUGUUAAAAGUGAGGAGGAAUUGAUCCUCACCUGUCUUAAACCCUCGCCUCACAUUGCAAAUGGCUGCUAAAUUGGCUGACACACAGGAUCAGCUCGAUGUGUGUGUGUGUGUGUGUGUGUGUGUGUGUGUGUGUGUGUGGUGUAGUGUCUGGUCCCUCAAAGGCAAGCUCUAUGGCCCAGACUUCUCAUUUGUUAUCCUUUCUCUCAACAGAAAACAAGCCUGGAGUUUUAUAUUGACAUCCACGCCCACUCCACCAUGAUGAAUGGCUUCAUGUACGGCAACAUCUUUGAGGAUGAGGAACGAUUCCAGAGGCAGGCCAUUUUUCCCAAGCUCCUCUGCCAGAAUGCUGAGGACUUCUCCUAUUCCAGCACAUCCUUUAACCGGGGUGCUGUGAAAGCAGGAACUGGCCGUCGCUUCCUCGGUGGACUCCUGGACCACACUUCCUAUUGCUACACCCUAGAGGUCUCCUUCUACAGCUACAUCAUCAGUGGCACCACAGCUGCUGUGCCCUACACUGAAGAAGCCUGUAUCCUUGGCCCGUCCCCACCCAGCCUUGGGCCAGCCCUCAUCCAGCCCAGGGUAUCCAAGUCUGAGAGGUCAGGAAUUAGGCCCCCAGCUCAGGUAAGGGCUGAGACUCUCAGGUGAGGAUGGAGGUGCUGGUUCUGCUGGUGACAUCUUUGGAUUGUCCAGUUUGCCUCAGCCUUUAGUAUGACACUCCCACCCCAAUUGCCAUGCUCCAAAUCUUUCCCAGGCCACCUGGGCCCAUGGCCUGCCCAUAUCUUACUCUGCCUCCAUUUGUCUCCCCUCUCUUCUCUCAUGAUGCAGCUAGUCUUCUGCCAUCUAAGCUAUGCAAGUCCACAGGCUGGAUGACACCCCCAGGGUUGCUGAGGAAGAGCUUGAUGAUCUUGGCUCCUUCUAACCCUGAACAUACAAAGCCAUAUUUUCUCUUUUCAUCUUUUGUCUAACCUGUCCUCUCUCACUUUCUUUUCCCUCUACUCACUAUUUCCCCUUCUACUUAUUUUUCUCCCCCU